AUGUCGUCGUCACUGGAUACAGAAUUGAAUGUGUCGUCGUUUGACAUGUGUCAAGCGGGCAUCUUCACACAAGAUCAAAUCGAUUAUCGCUUAAUGGGUAAUAUGCCUAUCUCAAUAUUUGGCAUGUUAACGAAUCUCAUCAAUAUUAUCGUAUUUGCACAUCCGGAGAUGCGACCAAGUCUCGUCAACCAUUUCUUGUUGGCGUUGAGCGUUUCUGAUUUGUUGCUGUUGCUGUGUAAUUUCUUCUUUCUUCUCUUUCCGGUUAUCGCCGUUAUGUCAACAUCGUUCAUGCUACACGACAUAUAUCCAGUUGUACUCAGGUAUAGUUAUCCUCUAGCGAGGACCGCUCAAACAUGCGGUGUCUAUUUAACGCUUUUUGUCUCGGUUCACAGAUUUCUGGGCGUAUGUUAUCCGUUCCGUGCGAAACGAUGGGUUACA